UGGCCCAUAAAUCUUUGAUACUCAUGCAUGCCACCACUGGUUUCGCCACAAAACGAAACUAAUUAGAUUCUCCACCACCGCCUAUAACCGUAUCUUGCGACAACCGGUAAUUACGCGAGUUUUCAUCGGAAUCUAACCGGCGACGUAUGCAUGCUAUCACCGGUGAAAUAAACGCCGCGCAGUCAAAGAAUGGAAAUAGUUGAAGCCAAUGGUAUUGAAUUUCCCUUACAGCAAAACCCUAAAAUCUUUAAAACCCUAGUAGAUAACAAGCACCAGCUUAUAAUGGGUGAGCUCAAAGCUGCUCUAUUAGCGAAACUAAACCCUAAUAAUUUAAAACCCAAUUCAAAUCAAUUGAAGAGCUAUAUCGAACAGCAGCUGAACCAAUUGUUUCCGAGUUUUAGUACUCCCUCUCAUCUUCCUUAUGCCUCUAUGAUCCAUGGAGCGAUUACGGAGCUGAAUGAUGAGGAGGGGUCAAGCACGGAUGAAAUAUCUUCAUUUAUCAAAAGAGAGUACAUGAAUUUACCAAGGGGACACGAGAGUUAUUUGAGUCAUCAUUUAAGGAAGCUUUGUGUUGAAAGGGCUAUAAAGUGUAUAAAUGGUGGGCGGUAUGUGCAGCUUGUGAAAUAUUCCGACUUAAAGGAGAUUCCUGAGUCAACUAAGAAAAAGCGUGGUCGUAGAGGUAAGCGGCGAAGGGGUCAAGGUAGAGCGAAGAAGGCGGAGACAGAAAAUAAACCGGAAAUGCAACAAGUUGGAAAUAUUGAUAGAAUAAGGGAAUUAGAGACGUCGCUAACUGAAAUGGCUGAAAUUAAGACUAACGCGUCUGAGAAACAAAAGAAACCGAAACUAACUAUAAAAUUUGUCAACUCCAGUGACAAAAGGUACAACCAUGUCAUGGAGAGUCUUAAAGACUCGGUGGUUGAACAUCUUGCUGCAAAAAGCCUUUCAAAUACCAUCGAGCCUGAACUCAGGACCCUCAUUGAACAACGGUGCAAGAAGCUCUUCAAUAAUUUCGAUACGCCCACUCAUCCACCAUAUGCCUUUAUGAUCCAAAAGGCAAUUCUGGAGAUGAAUCAAGAAGGGUGGCUAAAUGAGGAGGCAAUAUCAUCCUUUAUUAAAAAAGAGUUCAAGGGUUUGCCAUUUGGACAUGAGAGUUUUUUGCAUCUUUGCUUGAAGAAGCUUUGUAAGAACCGGAAUUUAGUGUUUGGCAAUGACGGGCAAUACAGGCUUCCAGAUAGAAAAUGUGAUUUCAAGGAUCCGAAGAGACGAGGUAUAAAGAAGCAAUGGCACAGACAAAUUGGAGGAGAAGACGGUCAAGUAGAAGAGCAAAUGGCUGAUGAGAUUCCCGGUGGAACAGAGGAACAAUUGAAUUUAUUGGAUAAAAAACAUGAGGCAGAAAGGCAAAUGGCUGAAAUGACUAAACAGCAAAUUGUGCCUUGGUCUCAAGAGCGGCAGCAUGAGCAAAGAGGACUUGUGUGUGCUUUGUCAGCACAACAGCACUAUCAACCUAGGAUCUCUGGUAAGAAAUUGGCAGCCAAAUCAGAUCGAGUUCAAAUAUCAACUUCUCCAAAAUUAUGUGUAGAUACAGGGCGGGAUCUUCAGCUUUCUAGUCUAGAUGUGAACAAAAGUACAGCUGUAUCAACUCAAGAAUAUUCGCUGCAUCAGCUUGAGAAACAACUACCUAAGCAUAAACGCCAAGGGAGAUCCCUUAAACGAAAACGUGACGAAGGAAUGAUUACAGAGAGCGAAUUGCUAUCAAAUGGUCGUGGUGGGAACGAGCAACGAUUGAUGCUUGAAUGUCAAGGCAAUGUAAGGCGUUCAAGACGGACUUCUGUAAUAUAUACAACUCCAGCUUUAUCAUUAUGCUCGAAUGAUCAGAAUCAUAAACGAGCAGUAGCAACUGCAUUUUCGAAGCGAGGAAGACCCCUUAAACGAAAACGUUAUGAAGACAUGAUUACAGAUAGCAAAGGGCCAUCAAAUGGUCAUGGUAGGAAAGAGCAACAACUGCAACUUGAAUGUGAAGGCAAUGUAAGGCGUUCAAGACGGACUUCAGUAAUAGAUACAACUCCAGUGUUACCAAUAUGCUCAAAAGAUCAGAAUCACAAACGAGCAGCAGCAGCUGCAAGUUCGAAACUGGGGAGGCCUAAAAUAAGGACCUGAAAUGGCUACAACUUUUUGGACAGUCGCAUAGGACUCUGUCAACUAGGAAUGCCGAACCCUGCUUGUAGAAAGGUAAACUAGUAGUUUUAAGAUUCAGGAGUAGCUUGUAGAAUGUGCAUAUUAGAACCCUGCCUUAGUAACGCUUCGUGAGACGAGGUUUGCCACGCCCAUGCAGUACCUGAAAUGUGUUAGCCUGUUAUUCUGUUAGGUUUUUUCCGAGUCGGAAACACCUGAGUCAUGCCAUUGGUGACUAUGGCUUGCAGCCUGAAAGAUACAAAUUUUGGACUGUAAUGCUUAUCUAGUUCAAGCAUGAAACUGGAAUAAGAAUCAAUUUCAUUGAUUUGUGGCUGAUGUAUUCCACUGCAGAUGCCCAGGAAUAAAGCUAAAGAGAGACUGUAUCGUAUGAUAUGAUAGAAGGAUAAAAUCAGAAAAAUAUUUUGGGUUA